AUGUCGAAAUCUAUAUAUACUGAUAUAUUACAAACAUUAUCCUUGCUCAGUAUAUUUAUAAUUGCUGUUUCGACACAAACAUUAUCAGUCACCGUGUCGAAUGGAACUAUAUUCGGAUCCUAUUGCUCUUCUCCAUUUGCUAACGUAGUGGCUUAUCUAGGCAUUCCGUUCGCUCAACCUCCAGUUGGAACUCUUCGAUGGAAUGCUCCUAUUUCAUACAAUUCAACAUAUCCAAAUGGUACACUUAAUGCUACAACGUUCUCACCUAGUUGCUAUCAAUUCGGUUCUUUUUCUACUGAACCUCUCCCUUAUUCUGAGGACUGUCUGUAUCUUAAUGUGUGGGCUCCAGCUAAUGCAACUAAGAACUCUUCACUUCCAGUGAAAGUUUGGAUUUAUGGUGGAGGUGGUUAUAUAGGCUCGAGCUCUGAUCCUCUAUAUAAUGGAUGUGCAAUAGCUACAAACGCAAUCGUCGUUUCAAUGAAUUAUAGACUUGGUCCUCUCGGUUGGCUCACUUUGGGUGCACCAUUAAAUUUUACAGGUAACUACGGUGUUCUUGAUGUUCUCAUGGCAUUGCAAUGGAUUCAAGAAAAUAUCGCUUCAUUUGGUGGCAAUAAUGUAUGA